AAGCCUGUUUAUACUCGAAAGUUCUCGCGCCGGCCGCCGCGCGGACUUCGCGCCGCCGGCCGCCGCUUGCCACCCGCCAGGCGGAGCCGCCCUAGCCUGCCACUCAGGGGACAGUGGCAACAUGCAUUGGCGCUGUUCAACUCGAUGCAGGAUGCGAAGCAGGGGCCCGACGUCAUUAGCUCCAACGCCGAGAUCAGAGCCUACACGAAGGGCGAGCAGUGGCAGUGGGCUCUGGCCCGGCUCGGCGAGAUGCGGGAUGCGAAGCUGGAGCCCGACGCGUUCAGGUACAGCGCUGGGACCAGCGCUUGUGGGAACGGCGGGCCGCGGCAGCGGGCCCGGACGCGGCCCCGCGAGAUGCGGGAAUCACAGUUGCAGCCCAACGCCAUCAGCUUCAAUGCCAGUAUCAGUACGUGCGAGAGGAGGAGACAGUGGCAGCAGGCAUUGGCGCUGCCCAGCGAGAUGUGGGAGGCGAAGCUGGUGCCCGACGUAACCAGCUAGAUCCUGGAAGGCGCGACGAGCGAUCAGGAGCAGCGGACACUGGCGCUGGUCAGCGAUAUUCUGGAAUCAAAGCUGCAGCCCAACGCGAUCAGCUACAACGCCGGGAUCAGCACAUGUGAGAAGGGCGAUCGGCGGCAGCGGGCUCUGGCGCUGCUCAGCGAGAUGAGGGAUGCGAAGCUGGUGCCAGACGUAAUCAGCUACAGCGCUGGGAUCGGCGCGUGCCCGGAGGGCGCUCAGUGGCAGCGGGCUCUGCCGCUACUCAGCGACAGGGGGCCGAAGGUAACCGCGCUAGGUGCCAUCAUCUGCAGUGCCGGACUCGGCGCGUGCGAGAAGGGCAUGCUGUCGACGCGGGCUGAGGCGGUUUCCCGGGCGACCCGGGAUCCGAAGCCAGAGCCGAGCGUCUUCAUCAGCUACAGUGCCGGAAUCGGCGCUUGCGAAAAUAGCAUGCUCUGGCCGCGGGCUCUGGCGGUCUCCCAGGCCCUUCGCGCUGGCGGCGGCGCGCCUUCGGCAGGCGCGGGUCCGCCACUGGGGCCUAGGCACAUGGCUGGCCAGCCCGCGGCGGGCCGGAGGGGGGGGGCGAGCAACGGCAGCAGGAUCCGCCGCCGCGGCCGGCGCCGGCGGGAGGCGGCUGCAGGC